GCAGGUUUGAUCAAAAAUGUUUCCACCUUGGUAAAUUAUUUGAGUUCUGUUUCAUGAUUUUCUGCAGUUGCAGAAGCUUGGUCUAUUUCGAGGAGCCGUUAAUUGUUUGCCUUUUCAUGAGCCUUUUCUGCAUCCAGAAAUCGACUGGUUUGCGGGGAUAAUUUGCUCUUCCAUCUUCUGGGAAUAAAAUGUCCCAUGCACGUUUGAUUUUGUGGUUUUGUUGGCCUUGAUAACAAUCAAGGCGCCUUAUGCUGUUUUAAAUUUUAAAAUUUAAUUGCCUUUCGUGCUCGAAGCAGCAUGUUAUCAGUGUAUUACGACCAGUAAUAUUCUCACGAUGGCUUUUCAUCCGUAAAAUUGUACCAACCUUUUACGAUACGUGUCUGUGAAGAAUUUACAUCAUGGCACAACCACCAUCGAACGUGCGCACUGUCGAUGAAAUUCGCGCGUAUUUCGAUCAGCGCUACGGCGCCGCCAUUAAUCUGGAAGGCAGUCUACUGGAGAUUGCGGAUUCUUGGAAGGAACUGGAAGCUGAUCCCAGCUUGUUCUAUUUAUUGGCCAGCGAUCUCGCGGGCGAAGAAAUCGACAUCGUAGAAAUCUACGAUAUUGACUGUGAUCUGCAGAGUACGCUGGGAACGGAGGAGAAAAUCUACGGGCUGAUUUUUCUCUUCGAGUGUAAAGCAGGCGGGAAUGAUCGCGCCCAGCGAUUGUACAAUAAAGAGCUGCAGAAGAAAUUCUUCAAUAAUGAACACUUCGUCACCAAUGAGAUGUUCUUUGCGCACCAGAAAGCUCCAAAUUCCUGUGCAACACACGCGCUGCUCAGUAUUAUGCUAAACAGUCCGGAUCUUCCUCUCAAUGCACUACUGCGAGAUUUUAAAGACUUUACCAAGCAAAUGUCGCCCGAGGAUCGGGGAUAUGCUAUUCAGAAUCACUGCCAGUUUGCUGCUUUCCAUAAUCGAAGAGCUCCCGCCACUCCGGAAAUUGUAUCGACGGUGAUGAAUCUUUCGCGGACCGGAGAAUCGUCGCGGUCAUAUCGUAAAACCGAAACCCGACAGAACCAUUUCGUGCCUUAUGUGCCCAUCAACGGACAGUUGAUGGAGCUGGAUGGGCUCAAGGAUUACCCUAUACUACACGAUGAAGUUUCGGAAGAGACCUUUCUCAGGAAAGCCAGGGAUAUCAUAAAAGAACGGAUACGCGCUACAAACGACAAUAAGUUCAGCUUUGCCAUUCUGGCAGUAAAAGGAUCGAAGCGAACGCGUUGUAUUCGUGAAGUUGCCACUAUUGAUAUGCGGCAGUCAUCCCUGAUGGAUCAGCUCACGAACUCCGUUGAGGACCAAGAAAAACAAUCCUUCCUACCUCCAGAAUGUGCCGAGCUCCGCAAGGCCUUCCGGGAACGCACACCGCUGCCUUAUGAACCGAAAAACGUCCCUAAUACCUUACCCACGCCGAGUACCAACCUUUCGCCUUUAUGUCACACCAUCAGCGGACUGCUGGCCGCCUUGCAGGAGAAACAUACGGCCGACACCGCCGCCCAGAAGAAACUAGUGGAGACCUACUCCCAACGCGUCCUGCCAGUUAAAAACGGCUACCUCCACCGCGAUCCGAGUCCCGAGGUGUUCCCCAUUAAACGGGCCGCCUCCUUAAGUCUGUCGUCAUCGCGUUCCAUGGAGCAUGCGCACAAUAGUUUUCCCAUUGUCAAUGGGUUUUGUAAGGGGAAGGGGGCAUUGCAUCCGCCGGUGUCCACUGUGAUUGACGAUCUGCCUAGCAUCGCGGCGGUUUGGCCGAUGAACGUGGCGCUGCCGAUGGAGAGCGACGUGUCCACCCUGCAGGAUGUGCAGGCGCUGCCGGCGGAAUUUCUACGUCGACAGACGAAAAAGCAGCGGGUGACGCGCACUCGCAGAACGGAUGCGCCGUUGUCGGCACCGGCCAAAACGGAGUCGAAGGAUGUCCUGCCACUCUCCAAGAAGCGCUCCGUACCCGAUCAGAAUGGACCGCGGUCACCCAAGUCCAGGCGGAAAAAUGACAAUAUAAUAUCGGAUUAUCCAACGGAUCCGUGCAAUUCCUCCGGUCGGUCGGUGAAGAGUGAAUGUGAAGCGAGGACCAAUGGUGGACUGGUCAGUCUCGUCACGCGGUUCACCCGGAUGAGCGGACAGUUGCAGAGCUCCACGGUGAUGACACCCAGCCGGUCGUCAACGAGUGUGGAAGACCGCUGGCCUCGACCGGCAGCGCGGGUCGAUCAUGGGCUUCCGGUUGUUUGUGGGAAAAACUCAGUGGACUUCCAAAUGGACUGUCAUGGUGGCGUGCCUCGACUGACGCGUUCGCUGUCAUCCCAGCACCCUUUAGAUCAAAAGCCUCAAGUGGGCCAUGAUCGAAACGGAUACGUGUCGAUCGUCAAGAACCCUCUUACUGAAGCUAAAUCCAAGUUAACCGUCCUGGAAGAACAGUCUGCGCUCGUAUCGGAAACGCGGACCGUUGUUCAGCAGUUCGCUGAACUGGAACUCAAACGCACAGAUCUGAUCAAAAUUAUUGUUGAAGAAAAUCAUAAACGUGUGGAAAUUUAUAACAAUGCUGUCCGACGGGAAUUCGAUUAUGCUAAUCCGAUGAUGGGACUAUUGAAGCGCUUCUUCGAAUACAAACUCUUCACAGCCGAGGAGUUGGGCCUGCUUUUUCCGGCAGGUGCCAGCACGAGUAGCGCCGGCGGCGGCCCGUCAUCCUCCUCCUCAUCCAGUGCGGAACGCGAUGGACCACGCACACCGACCCUGCGAAACGGGGAAAAAAGCUGAGGGAAAAAACUAUGCCUUCCAAAUGUGGAUAAUUCCGUCGGGUGGUGCGUGCGCGCAUGUGUGGAUAGCAAUCGAUGAUUACAACCGGUUUUGCGCCUGCUGCAAGUGCUGUUUUAUAUUUCAACGGUACACCUACCGCGUUCUGUUUGCGUUUCGAAAGGGGCACACACGAGUGCAUUUUGUUUGUGAUCUUUUAUUCGUUUGUCGGCACCGACACACGUUUGUACACUUGAUUGUAAUUAUACAUUGAAAAAAUUUGGUUUUGUUGAUUUACUUUACUGGAAACAAUAACAUCUUUGCCUGCUUUACAGCAAUUUGGAAUAAUUUAUAUAUUUAUUUUUCUAGUUGCAAUGAAAGACAAAGCUUGUAGUCUUUUGUUAAAGUACUCGAAAAGUGCUGUUGUUGUUCCUUUACUGGAUUAAAUUAUGCGAA